GCUGUCUGUGUCUCUAUGGCUCCACUCCCUCCACAGUGGAACUGCUCCUAUCACUCAGAUCUCGUUAGCCAAUCGGAGCAGCCAGACAGGCUGUCCAAUAAGGGGCGCUACUGGGCAGCGAGAGCCGGGUUCUUCGCCGCGGUACAGGGGUUCCGCUUUAGGCUUAGUGAGGUGCUUCGUGGGCUGCGAUCUGAGGCCGCUGCCAGGAGCUGGGAGGAGAGCACCGGCGAACUCGGAAGCUGGUUAUGGUUGUGCUAUCUGUGUGCUGAGCUUUAUGGCCUAAAUGGUACUUCCAUCAUGGAGUCAAUUGUGGAUUCAGUGACCUUUGGGGAUGUGGUUGUGAACUUCACCCAGGAAGAGUGGACUUUGCUGGAUCCUUUUCAGAAGAACCUAUACAUUAAUGUGAUGCUGGAAACCUGCAGUAACCUUGCUUCUGUGGGAAUCAAAUCAGAAUACCAGACCAUUGAAGAGCACUAUAAACAUCCUGGGAGAAAUCUAAGGAGCAUUAUAUCUCACCCUGGAUAUACACAUAAGCUUGAGGAAUAUGGAAAGAAGCAGCAUAACUCCAAUUCUCUCACAACUAUUCACAUAUACAUGGGAGCCCACACUGUGAGUGGAACUUAUGAAUAUGAAGUAUAUUCAAAAUCCUUUGGUUUUCCAAGUUCAUGUGGAAUAUAUCAGCAAAUUCACAGUGGAGAACAGCCUCAUGAGUACAAUCAAUAUAAAACAGCCUUUAUUUGUCCCAAUUCAUUUUGCAUUCAUGGAGGAACUCACAUCAAAGACAAACGUUCUGAAUAUAAACCAUGUGAUACCACUCUAAGUUCUUUCAAUUACCUGCCAUUCCACAGUGGAACUCAUAAUGGAGAAGACCAUUCUGAUUGUACACAGUGUGGUAAAGCUUUCAGAUGUCAAAAUUCCCUUCAAAGACAUGAAAUAAUUCAUGCUGGGGAAAAACCAUAUGAAUGUAAGCAGUGUGGUAAAGCAUUCCAAGGUCACAAUUCCCUUCAAAGACAUGAAAUAAUUCAUGCUGCAAAAAAACCAUAUGAAUGUAAACAAUGUGGUAAGUCAUUCAUUUAUCCUUAUUUACUUAAAAUGCAUGAAAGGUAUCAUACUGGAGAGAAACCUUAUAAAUGUAAGAUGUGUAGUAAAGCAUUUCUUUGUUCCUCUUUCCUGAAAAGACACAAAAGAACUCACACAGGAGAAAAACCCUAUAAAUGUAAGCAAUGUGCUAAGCCCUUUAGAGGUCUCAGUAAUCUUAGAGUACAUGAAAGAACUCACACUGGAGAAAAACCCUAUGAAUGUAAACAAUGUGGUAAAGCUCUGAGAAGCCAUAGUUCCCUUCAAAGACAUAAAAUAGCUCAUGGUGGGGAGAAACCCUAUGAAUGUAAACAGUGUGGUAAGUCCUUCAUUUAUCCCUAUUUACUUCAAACCCAUGAAAGAUCUCAUACUGGAGAGAAACCCUACAUAUGUAACAUAUGCAGUAAAACCUUUCGUUGUUCUUCUUUCCUGCAAAGACAUGAAAGAACUCAUACAGGGGAAAAACCCUACAAGUGUAAGCAAUGUGGUAAAGCUUUCAGAGGUCAUAGUUCCCUUCGAUUACAUGCAAGGUCUCACAGUGGGGAGAAACCAUAUAAAUGUAAUAUUUGUAGUAAAGCCUUUCUAUGCCCCUCUUUCCUCCGAAGACAUGAAAGAACUCACACCAGGGAAAAGCCCUAUGAAUGCAAGCAGUGCAGCAAAACCUUCAAAGGUCAGAGUUCUCUUCAGUUACAUGAACGAUCCCAUACUGGAGAGAAACCCUAUAAAUGUAAGAUCUGUAGUAAAGCCUUUCUAUGUUCCUCUUUCCUUCAAAGACAUGAAAGAACUCACUGUGAAGCAAAACCCUAUGCAUGUAAACAGUGUGGUAAAGACUUUAAAGAUCAAAAUUCCUUUCAAAGGCACAAAGUUUCUCAUGUUGGGGAAAAACCUUAUGAAUGUAAACAGUGUGGUAAGUCCUUCAUUUAUCCAUGUUUACUUCAAGUUCAUGUAAGAACACACACUGGUGAGAAACCCUAUGAAUGUAAACAAUGUGACAAAGCAUUCAGAAGCCUGAGUUACCUUCGUAUACAUGAAGGAAGUCACACUGAAGAAAAGCCCUAUGAAUGUAAACAGUGCGGUAAAACUCUCAGUUGUUCUAGUGCCCUACAGUUACAUAAAAGAACACACACUGGAGAAAAACCCUAUGUGUGUAAACAAUGUGGGAAAGCCUUCAGGGGUUUCAGUUACCUUCGAGUACAUGAAAGGACUCACACUGAAGAAAAACCCUAUGAAUGUAAACAGUGUGGGAAAACUCUCAGUUGCUCAAGUUCCCUUCAACUACAUGAAAGAACCCAUACUGGAGAAAAACCUUAUGAGUGUAAGCGGUGUGGUAAAGCCUUCAGAGGUCUCAGUCGUCUUCGAGUACACGAAAUAAUUCACACUGGUGAAAAACCCCAUGAAUGUAAACUAUGUGGUAAAGCCUUCAGAUAUCAUAGUUUACUUCGAGUACAUGAAAGAACCCACACUUGUGAAAAACCUUAUGCUUGUAAACAAUGCAAUAAAGCCUUCAAAAGUCUCAGUAAUCUUCGAAUACAUGAAAAAAUUCAUAGUGGUUUCUAUGAAUGUAAACAAUGUGGCAAAACCCUCAGUUCUUCCAAUUCCCUUCAAGUACACGAAAGAGCACAUACUGGAGAAAAAUCUUAUGAAUGUAAACAAUGUGGCAAAAUCUUUAGACGUUUCAGUAAUCUUCAGGCACAUGAAAAAACUCAUGCUGAAGGAAAACCCUAUGAAUGUAAACAAUGUGGUAAGUCCUUCAUUUAUCAGUAUUUACUUGAAAAACAUGAGAAGUCUCAUACUGCAGAAAAACCCUAUAAGUGUAUGAUAUGCAGUAAAGCCUUUAUUUGCCCUUCUUUCCUUCAAAGACAUGAAAGAAUACAUAGUGGAGAAAAACCCUAUGAAUGUGUACAAUGUGGUAAAGCAUUCAAAAGCCUUAGUUCCCUUCAAUUACAUGAAAGAGCUCAUGCUAGAGAAAAGCAUUAUGACUGUACACAGUGUGGUAAAACCUUCAGGUGUCACAGUCUCCUUCAGGCACAUGAAAGAACCCAUACUGGUGAAAAACCCUAUGAAUGUGAAAAAUGUGGUAAAACCUUCAAAAGUGCUGGUUACUUUCGAACACAUGAAAAAACUCAUAGUGGUUUCUAUGACUGUAAACUGUGUGGUAAAAUUCUCAGUUGUUCAAGUUCUCUUCAAUUACAUGAAAGAACUCACACUGGAGAAAAACCCUAUGAAUGUAAACAGUGUGGUAAGGCCUUCAGAAGUCAAAGUUCCCUUCGAAGACAUGAAAGAAUUCAUGCUGGAGAGAAACCCUAUGAAUGUAAACAGUGUGGUAAGUCCUUCAUUUAUCCAUGCUACCUUCAAAUGCAUGAGCGGUCUCAUACUGGAGAGAAACUCUAUAAAUGUAAUAUAUGUAGUAAAGCCUUUCUUUAUCCCUGCUUCCUUCAAAUGCACGAAAGAACUCACACUGGUGAAAAACCUUACGAAUGUAAGCAGUGUGAUAAAGCCUUCCGAAGUCAUAGUUCCCUUCAAAUGCAUGAAAAAAUUCAUACAGGAGAAAAACCCUAUGAAUGUAAACAGUGUGGUAAAGCUUUGAUAAGUCAUAGUUCUCUUCAGAGGCAUAAAAUUGCUCAUGCUGGAGGAAAACGCUAUGAAUGUAAACAAUGUAGUAAGUCCUUCAUUUAUCCAUAUUUACUUCAAAUUCAUGAAAGAUCUCACACUGGAGAGAAACCCUAUGAAUGCAAAGACUGUGGUAAAGCCUUUACACGUUACCGCUCCCUUCGAAGACAUGGAAAAACACAUACCUAAGGAAAAAACCCUAUGUAUGCAAGCAAACAUGCAAGAAUGUUUAGAAUUUCUAGUUCUCUUCAAAUAUGUGGAAGUACUGGGAAAAGAGCUAAUGAAUAUAAAACAAAUGGUGAAGGCUUUAGGAUUUGUUUGUUUUGUUUGCUUGCUAUGGAAAGCUUGGGAAGACUCACUGGAGAAAAUUCCACGAAUCUAAGAUAUGUCUUAAGAUCUUUAGUUCCAUUUGAAGACAUCAGAAUAUCUGGUGUUAAACCCCAUGAAUGAAUGGAAUAUGAUACUCAUUUCUUCAAACAUCUACUCAAAUACAUAAGCUAAUGUGCCAUGAAGGUAGUCCUACAGAAACAGGCAUUGGGCUGAAACUGCUGCAGUUUGGAAAGUAAAAAAAAAAGUAAAAGCUCAUAUUUUAACCACAUUAAAAAUCAUGUGAUAACUCCAAUUGGGAGAAGAAUCUACAAAUUUAUGUGAACACUGAAGCAAAUCAUGCUCAACGUGUCGUAGCAUGAAUGAAAAGCUGUGUAAUUUGUGAAUGUCUAGUGUUUACCAGUGAUUUGAGUUUGAAGAAGAUCCCAGCAGCACCUGAUAAUGCAGAUCUGUACUCUUGGGUACUUUGGUUUUGAAGUAGGAGAUAGUAAGUCCAGACUACUUAGUGAGACCAAUCUCAAUAAAAAUUGGAAAAGAGAUAGGUAAGUAGUUCAUGUGUUUAGCACUGGUCUUCCAGUUUGAUUCCCAGUCCCACCAUCAAGAGAAGUGAGAAGGUCCCUAGGUGAUGAAUUUCUGUUUCUUUUGCAAGAAAACAUUGAGAUGAAGGUUUUCUAAGUGUAGACAUGUACUUUUAGCAGCAGACAUAAUUGGUGAUAAAGAUUAUUAGACAAUUUCCUAAUCAUAGUGUAUUCUUAUAGUGUAGCCUACCAUACACUUAAGCUAUAUGGUAUGACUUCAAGACUCCUCUAGUCUAUGGAAUGUUACUUUAUUGCAUAUUUUAGGCAUGGUACCAGUAAAUAUGUAUCAAACAAACGAUUUGGCAUAAAAAUAAAUGUUUACCAAUGAAGAGUUUCUAGGACUAGAUUUUGUUCUAUCAGAGACUUUUAAGUGAAUAUAAAGUCAUAGGACAAAUUAAUCUUCUAUAAACUUUAUCAACACUGUAGAGUUAGUUGAUAGUAUAUUAAUGUUUUCUUAAAGAAUAAAUUUGCUUAUAACUUUCUACACUGUGUAUAAUUUUAAAAUUAUACACAUAAUUAUAAAAAACUUUUGAUUUUUGUAAUAACACUGCUUAAAAUGUAGCCAUUUUAUGAUUAUUUAAAACUAUUUCUUUGUAUGGUUAUUCUAUAAUUUUUGCAUUGUAUUUUUUUAAUUGUUUGUGAAAAAAAGGUAUCAUUUAGAGCACUGAUGCAGGAGGCUGGUGUUUGUAGCUAUCACUGAUUACAUACUGAGACACUGUGUAUAUAUGUAUAAAUCUUUGGGUAACAGUACCUAUUAACCUGGAAUAACCAGGUCAUGACAGCCUGUUACCUUGCACCUUCACAUCUGUCAUGGAAAGUUUUCAGGAACAGUAAAAUGUGUAGAACUGAUGACCGUUCUUUCUUCAGCAGUCCUUUGUAAGGGACCUGUUGAAGUUCUUGAGAAAGUCUCACUUUUCUGAAAUAAAUACAUGAUAGUGUCCUUGAAUGGUGUUUUUCACUGUUGAUUUACUGUAAGCAGGUAAAACAUCAUGAACAUUUCUAUGUUAAUUGAAAUCUUUUGGUAUUGAGUUCAAGCUCUCAAAUGUAUAAGGGAUCUAUUGAGGUGUAUAAUUGUUUCUGCUGAUCCCUUUACUUAAUUUUUCUGGACUCUUACUUUCCUUCUACAGUUUCUUUACGAUUGGAGACUUUUGAAAUAGAACUAGCUGCUUUAUCAGUUUGCCAUAAGCCCAGUGGGGCUGGGACAGUGUGUUUUGAUUUGGAUAUGAAAUUGUCCACAAAAAGUCUUGUGGUUAGACACAGAUUUUUAGUCUGUGGCUCAUGAUUUCUUACUAGGUUGCAAUAACUGAGAUUUAACAACUGGUAACAUUUAAAAGUUUUGAACACAGUGAUUAGAAGUUCAGACUUAUAUGUGCAUUGAUUCUCAUAUAUCUCUGGCAACAUUCACCCAUGUUGCAUCAUGUGAUUUAACUGUACCUCCACUUUGUUCUGUUCUGUUCGUGCAACAUGUGUAUUGCAUGUGAUGUCAUGCCACACACUGCCAAGUAACAGCUCCCUGAAGCACCUGAGCUCACACACAAGACCUGCUGAAUGUUGCAAUUUGAAAUGCUUUUAUUAAAUACUCAGAGUUUUGUGCUCUUAUGGAAAUACUGAUUUAGUUUUGGAAAACAGACUUUUCUAUUUUCCUAGUGUUAUUCAUCAACAUGUAAGUACCAAAUUUAUCUUUAUAUUGUAUAGUAUAGUGUGACUUUAAAAUUUGCUUGAGUUACUGACUUGUAUUUUACUAAAAAAAUCAUUCAGUGAUUAUUGGGUUGCAAUAAAGAAAAAUAUUUUAACAACUUAUGAAAUGGUUCUAACUGUAUUUCUACCUUUUUCCACUGAUUUACAUGAUGUUCUCCAUAUUUGACAACUAUAAAACCAAAGUAUCAAUUAACUCAGAAAAACAUUCUCUAUAUGCUGCAUUAUCAAAUAUUCAGCUAAUAUUUAAUCUUUUAUAUAAAAUAAAUAUGCCCAUUUCAUCAAUACAGAUUUACUUUUGUGUUAAUAAAUGAUAAAAUAUUAUAUUCACCAAAUUUUUUAAGUAUAUUUAUUUGAUUUAUUAACAGUAAAUGCAUCAUUUGAACAUGCACUCCAUAUACUUAUAUACUUAGGAUUGCAUUAUAAUUUCUUACACGAAAGGAGUCACAAAUAAAAAAACAAAUUAAUCUGGUGGUCUCUAGCUUAUGGCACUGUUUUAGGGGCUUUUCAAACCUUUGGCAGGUAUGGCCUAACUAAAGUUAAGUAGGUCCAUGAAAAUCAGACAGAAUUACAACCAUGACCCAGUUCUUGGCUAUCUUUCUCUGUCGUUGUACGAUUAAGGUGAGGAGAUACAGGCACAUAGUCUGGCUGCUAUGGAGACAUUGUCACAUUGUUUUCAUUCCAAGAUAGCCUGUAUCACUUUAAACCACAUCAAUAAAUAUUUCCAUAAAUCCA